AUGUCGCAGUCUCCUGUUAACCAAGGUAGUGCACAACAACAACAACAACAGCAGCGGGGCCAAAGUCAGAACCAGAAUCAAUCUUCAGGGAACCAAAACGUAGAGGAUUUAUAUCUUGAAUCAUAUGCCUUCACAACAGCGGCAGCUAUAGUUGGAUCAGUUGAUAGAAAGAUCUUUGUUAGUUUGAGAGACGGGAGAUACUUGUACGGUAUAUUAAGAACAUUUGAUCAAUUUGCCAAUUUGGUAUUGCAGGAUACAAUUGAACGAAUCUAUUUAAAGGAUGAAGGGUCCACCAAGAAGUUUGGAGAAACAUAUAGAGGAGUAUUUUUAAUAAGAGGAGAGAAUGUGGUUAUGAUUGGAGAGUUGGACAUUGAUACCGAAGACGAACAUUUACAGGAUAUGCAACAAAUCAGUUUUGAGGACGCAUCGAAUCAGAUCCAACAACAAAGAAAACAAAGAAUUAAAGAUGAAACAGCUAAGUCAAAACAGAUGCUUGCCAAGGGUCUAAUUAGUGACUUUUCCAGUACUGAUUUGUACUAG